AUUGACAUUUCUAUUGGCCAUCGUUUAUGUGAAAUUUUCGCUCGACAUUUGUCGUUCUUUUGCACACAUUCGAAAGCAGUGCAUUUUCAUCGGAUCAUUACGUGGAAAUUGUGAGUGAAAAGUGUGCUGAAGUUAAUGGAUUGAAUUUUCGUGUAGCAACAAUUAAUUUAACAACGAAGCCAAUGUAUUUGCAACAGUGAAAUUAAAGCAAAAAACCGGCUAAAUAAUAAAAGUAAGAAAAGUAAAUUUUACAAGAAAAUGAUACGUAAAUUUGGUCAAAAUCCGUGGAAAAGUUUAUUGUAUUUAUAGAAGUGUGUGUACACGUAUCAGCGAAAAAAAUAAGUGUUUUUGCUUGAAGCGAAACUUGUACAAAAGCGUAAAAGUCAAACACGUGAAUAAAUCGCACAAGUAAAAGUAGUGCACAUUAAAAAAUAGGUGUAAAAGUUUGAAAUCAUACAAAACCACAGGAGAAAGAAGAAUUGUUAUUUAUUUUACAUAUAUAUCUAGCUUAUAACAAUAUACGAGGUAUUUUAGGACAUUUGAAGCAAAUUCUAAUAAAAAAUUUUAUACUUAUAUAAAAAAUUACGUGAAUUUUAUAACAAUCGCACGCAUAACCAACGCAACUACAGAAACUGACCUCCACAGCAACGAGAAAAUUUCGGGCGCAUUAACAUGUCAUCAAUCACAUACAAGGAGCGUGUACUCAGCGCUCAACAGCUGAAAAAGUUGUCGGAACACAAAUACUCCUGCACAAGCAGCAGUCUGCUGGAUCCAUGGCUACAGCCUUGGUGGAAUUGGCUUGUCUCAAUGACGCCGCUAUGGUUGGCGCCCAAUCUCAUUACAAUCAUUGGACUGAUUGUCAACAUAGUGACAACAUUAAUAUUAGUAUCCUACAGUCCCGAUGGCAAGUCGGCGCCACCCGGCUGGGCUAGCCUGCUGUGCGCAUUCGGACUUUUUGUUUAUCAAAGUUUGGAUUCGAUCGACGGCAAGCAGGCGCGACGCACAAAUACCCAAUCGCCAUUGGGUGAGCUCUUCGAUCAUGGUUGCGAUUCCAUAUCGACCGUUUUCGUCGCGCUCUCCGCGUGUAUAUCCUGCCAAUUAGGACAAUAUCCAAAUUGGUUGUUCUUUCAGUGUUUUUGUGCCAUUGGCCUGUUCUAUUGCGCCCACUGGCAGACCUACGUUUCAGGCACGCUGCGCUUUGGCAAAAUCGAUGUGACCGAAGCACAAUUCACCAUCAUGGCUAUACAUAUUAUAUCGGCGGUGUUCGGCUCGGAUGUGUGGCAAGCGCGGAUGUUUGGUAAUUUUCAAUUGUGGUCCACCUUAUCGCUAAUGACCUUAGUAUGUGGUAUUUGGUCAUUAUGGUUUAUAUUCUCAGUUAUUUUGGCUGGCGGUGUUGGCAAGAAUGGCUCCACAGUUGCAAUUCCACUCAUUGGCGGUCGUUGGAAUUAUAUCAUUUUAAUCGGCAUUACUUUGGGUUAUCUCGCGAAUAUGAUCAACUUUUCGAAAAUGUUUGUUGAAGGCGGCAGUGGCAAAAAUGGUUCCUCCGUUGCUGGUACCAGCGUGCUCUCGCCCAGCAUACCGUUAACAAUGGUCAUACUACCCGCACUGAUAAUUGCUCAAAAAUCGCCACAAAAUAUUUUCACCGAACAUGCAUCGUUGUAUAUCUUGGCUUUUGGCAUGGUGGCCGCCAAGGUGACCAACAAGCUGGUGAUUGCGCACAUGACAAAGGCUGAGAUGGAGUAUUUGGAUUGGUCACAAUUGGGUCCGGCUUUGCUCUUCUUCAAUCAAUACUUCAAUUGUGUGGUGCCGGAAAUUUGGCUGUUGUGGUUCUCACUGUUCUGGGGCACGCAGGAUCUCAUACGCUACUGCUCCAAAGUGUGUUUGGAGAUUUGCAAUCACCUACAUAUUAAUCUCUUCACCAUCCCAAAUGCUGGCAAAAAUGCACCACAAACCGUCAGCCAAGGCACAAGUGCACCCACCACCAGCAUGAGUAUGAGCGCCACAGCGGCGGCUGGUGCGAGUGCGGCGGUGGCGCAUGACAAGAACGGCGGCACACAUCAUCGCAAGACGACGCGGCAGGCUAGCAAAAAGCAGCAACAACAACACUAGAAUUUUAUUUUAAAUUGUAUAAUUAAAUAGAAAAUCAACAAGAACAGGAAUAUACCCAACAACAAUGUAAAUCUCUAUGAAAUUGUUCCGUGUCAAUAUAUACAAAACAUACAAAGAAAGAAAAAAACUUGAAACAAGGAAAAUACAAAUGUGGAGAAGACAAAAUUAUACUAGCGUAAACAAACCAGGCAAUUAAACUGAUGACUAGCGUAAAUUAAAAUACUGUAAUAAAAGAAAUUGCUAAGCAUAAGUAAAGCUAUAAGUUUUUAUGAAAAUAUUCAAAUGCUGA